AAAACACCUGUCAAUUGACCUAGGAUGAAUUCUGAAUACGACUAUUUAUUCAAGCUUCUUCUUAUCGGAGAUUCCGGUGUCGGUAAGUCUUGCUUGCUGCUGAGAUUUGCUGAUGAUCAGUACUCUGAUUGCUACAUUACGACUAUUGGAGUCGAUUUUAAGAUCCGCACUGUGGACCUGGACGGAAAGACCGUGAAGCUUCAGAUCUGGGAUACGGCAGGUCAAGAGCGUUUCCGUACGAUCACCUCCUCGUACUACCGCGGAGCGCACGGAAUUAUUAUUGUCUACGAUGUGACGGAUCUGGAUAGCUUCAACAACGUGAAGACCUGGCUUCACGAGAUCGAUCGCUAUGCGAACGAGAACGUGGUGAAGCUGCUGGUCGGUAACAAGGCCGAUCUGACCGCGAAGAAGGUGGUUUCGUACGAGACGGCGAAGGAGUUUGCGGACAGUCUGGGCAUUGAGUUCGUGGAGACCUCUGCCAAGAACAGCACGAACGUCGAGACUGCCUUCAUGACCAUGGCUCGGGAGAUCAUGCAGAAGAACGCGUCUGUCCAGUCUGGACCGAAGGGUGCGAAGCCUACGGUGGUCCCCUCUGCUGCGAAGAAAGAGAGCAAGGGUUGCUGUGGAAAGUAAAGGUUGUUAUUGUUGUUGUACAUAU